GCUCCGAUCUCUUCUCCAAGGGCGGCACGUUUGACGAUCUUACAGACCGCGUCCCGCAAGCCAACCUCAUCGGCGGCGACUUUCUCAAAUGGGUGCCACCCACCGAGGUCUACGUCAUGAAGUGGUGUCUGCACGACUGGACUGACGAGCCGGCGGCCACGAUCCUGCGCAAUGUCCGAAAGGCAAUUGUGCCGGGGCCCGUCAGUCGCCUCGUCGUGUUCGAGUCCAUUCUGUCGGAUGGUCGUAUGGGGAGGCUCUCGCGGUACGGAGACAUCAACAUGAUGAUGACGGCCAACGGACAGGAACGUACGGAGGCGCAGUGGCGGAAGCUUAUGGAGGAGGCCGGGUGGAAGAUUGAUAGGAUCUAUCCGCUGAGGAACGCAUGGGUCCAGGCGAUUGAUCUCCGCCCGGCGUAAGUUUCAUCUGACGAUGAGGGUCUGGAGUGUUUGCACGUCGGCCCAUGACCUGACAAUUUGCCAAGCUCUUCUUCCAACUUCCAUUCACAAGUAAUAAGACUGGAAACCUCAGGUCUCGUGAACCCUGUCCAACUGUUUCCGCAAGAUAAAGCCCUGCCAAUCAGCCCAUAUGUUGGUUGUGCGACUCAAAUGUGUCCGUAGCGACUUACACGACCAACGACCUGACGCACUGCGCAAGUCCAGCUCCCACGCUUCCAGGUUAUUAUGUUGGCUUUGGACUCUGUGAGACAGCUCCUCAGCCAUUGCGUCACCGAGCUGACCAAACACUCCUUUUUUCGGACACAUUUAGGUCCGCAACAUGCACCCGGAUGGCCCCCAAGGCCCCCAUAAGCUUAUCGGGCUGCCGCACCCGUUGCGACGACAUAUGCCGGCAGAUCAACUCGCAAGGCUUGCUCGUGAAACCACACACACCAAUGUGGUAGCACCUCGGGCACAUUCUUUCGCUAAACUUUCCGGUUGGACCAAACCCGGGAAUGUCUGCGGAGAGUUACCACACCGUGUGCGCGUUGGCCGUAAAAGUGGCCGAGCUAACGGAUGUCUCACCACAGAGGCCUGCUGGGGAGUUAUCCUCGCCCGGUGCGCUUCCUCUCCCCGCACCUUCACGGAACCUGUUGCUUUCCCUUGUCUCGGUGGGUAACACGCAACGGGCCGUUGCUCCCAGCGCAGGCUAAUGCAGGGAGAUCGAGCGUGGGCGUACGCUAAAACAUGGAAUACAUGAAAGAGCAGGCACCAUCUUCAUUUUAUUAGGAGGUUUUUUUGAAGCUCGGUGUCGGCUAGUCUUCCAUGAUCCUUCAGCCACGAGGCGCAGGAUUCUUCCAGCUUCUUUCAACCUGAGCUGGUCUGGAAAUUUUGCAUACUUCAUUGCGGCCAGGAAAGCACCUAAUACGAAGCUUCCAUUAUUACGCUGAUCAUCCGCCAGGGAGCCUUGCGGUCGCAGACUUGAUCAACAACACCCUAAUAAACCAACUCCACCCGUCCAGCAAUGGACCAAUCCGCCGAUAUGGCCCAAAAGUACACCGAAAAGCCCCUUGACGGGCUGCCCGUCAAAGAAGUCAACUCUUGCAGCACGAGCAACAACCCCAGCGAACACAUGCAGGAGCCCGCAGUUGAUGAGAAGCCGCAACAAGAGGAUGAUGCGGCCGACGCCUCAGGAGGAGGAGGAGGAUGGGUCAUGGACACCUCCGACUUUCCAGGUCCUCGCGCCCUGGCCUUCAUCAUGAUCGGCCUGUUCCUGGCUCUGUUCGCCGCAAACCUCGACACCACGAUUCUUGCGACCGCGAUUCCCUACAUCACCAACGAGUUCCACACCAUCAAGGACGUCAGCUGGUACGGCGCCGCCAUCAUGUUGGUUUCCGCAGCUUUUCAGUCAACCUGGGGCAAGAUAUUCAAGUACUUUCCCAAGAAGUUGACAUUCCUCCUCUCCAUGUUCAUCUUCGAGGUGGGCAGCCUCAUCUGCGCUCUCGCCCCCAACAGUACCGCGCUCGUCGUCGGCCGCGCCAUUACGGGCCUUGGCGCCUCUGGUGUCACGGCAGGUGUCUUUAUUCUCAUAGCGUUCUCGGCGCCGCCCAAGUACGUCCCGGCAUUCAUGGGCCUGGGGGGCGCUACCUACGCCGUGGCCUCGCUCGCUGGACCCCUGAUCGGUGGCGCCCUGACGCAGUCGGUAACAUGGCGGUGGUGCUUCUGGAUCAACCUGCCCAUCGGUGGAGUCACUGCCGCGAUUAUUCUCCUCUUCUACAAGACGCCCAAGGCGGCGCAGCCCCAACCGGCGACGAUGAGGGAAAAGAUCCUACAGAUGGAUCUUGUCGGGACAUUUUUGGUCAUGGCCGCCGUCGUGUGCUUCAUUCUCGCCUUCCAAUGGGGUGGCUCAUUUAAGUCCUGGUCUGACAGCACGGUCAUUGGCACCAUUAUCGGAUUCGUCCUGAUCUCGGCGCUCUUUGUCGGCAACGAGCUGUACAUGGGUGAGCGGGCCAUCCUCGAGCCUCGCCUGAUGAGGAUGCGGCGUGUGUGGGCGAAUUGCGCUCAUGUUUUCUUCGUGUCUGGCGGGUUCUUCAUCCUCAUUUACUACCUUCCCAUCUACUUCCAGUCGGUCCAAGGGGCGUCGCCGAUUGCGUCUGGCGUCCGGAACCUGCCCAUCAACAUCGGCUGCUUCCUGAGCAUUGCGGCAGGCUUUGUCGUCUCGGUGUACGGUCGAUCCUGGGCGCCGCUCAUGGCCAUUGGUGCCGCCACUGCGACCAUCGGCGCAGGCCUCAUGUACACAUUCGGCCUCGAUACUUCGGCCGGCAGGUAUGUCGGAUUCCAGCUCAUCGCAGGUAUGGGCAUGGGCAUGACGCUGCAAAUCCCCCUCAUGGCCAACCAAGCCGCCGUGCCACCCAUGGACAUAUCCUCUGUGUCCGCCAUCACUCUGUUCUUCCAGAUCAUUGGCGGCUCCUUCUCCGUUGCGUGCGCACAAGCCGCCUUCGCCUCUACAUUGGUGAAGAGGAUUCUCGUCCACGCGCCAAACGUCGAUCCGAGUGCGCUGCUUCAUCUAGGUGCUGCCCAGUUGCGUGUCGAGUUCUCAGGCGACGAGCUGCAUGGUGUUCUUGAGGCAUACAUGGACGGAUUGAAAGUGUCAUUCGCCAUCGCCAUCGCCCUGCUUGGCGUUGGGUUCUUGUUUGCUUUCGUCCCGGAGUGGAACGACUUCCGUCCCGGCCCGCAGCAGCAGCAGGCGCCGGCGAGCGAAGAAAAGGACGCAUCGGAGGCUGCAUGAUGCGUCGGUUGU